ACAGAUGACCAUGGAAAUGGUUGAGUCACAACAGGAUGACAAUGCAGUAGAUACUGUGCCAGAGCAAGAUGCUGGUCACCUUAAGAACCAGCCAGGCCGAAGUCAUAUUUCCCCAGGAUCUGAGGUUUCUGUAGCUGCAUCAAGUGCUGGAAGAAGAUCUCCAGCUGUAACUCUAGUGCAGUUGCCUUCUGGUCAAACUGUUCAUACCCAGGGUGUCAUUCAAGCCACACAGCACUCAGUCAUUCAGUCAUCACAUAUGCAAGCUGUUCAGGUAGCAUCAGUUGCAGAUGAAUCUGCUGAAUCCGAAGGGGUCACUGAUUCUCAAAAACGCAGGGAAAUACUUUCAAGAAGGCCUUCAUACCGAAAAAUUCUGAAUGAACUCUCAUCAGAUGCUCCUGCGGUACCAAGGAUUGAAGAAGAAGAAAAGUCAGAGGAUGAAGGAGCACCUUCUGGAAUUUCUGCAAUGACCGUCCCAACCAGCCUGUAUCAUUCUAGCACAGGGCAAUACAUUACCAUAACUCAAGGUGGUACAAUCCAGAUUUCUAAUCCACCCUCUGAUGGUGUCCAUGGACUACAGACAUUAGGAAUGACAAAUUCAGGGGCUCCUCAACCAGGUGCUACCAUUGUGCAAUAUGCAGGACAAUCACCUGAUGGAACACAACAGUUUUUUCUUCCUGGAAGCCAAGUUGUUGUUCAAGGGGCUGAAUCUGAACUUUUACACUCCAAUUUACUGUCUGCCACUGGAGACAUGCCGGGUUACCAGAUUCGAACUCCAACUACUAACUUACCUCAGGGAGUGGUGAUGGCAGCCUCACCAGGGACUUUGCAUAGCCCUCAGCAACUGGCAGAAGAGGCAACACGCAAGAGAGAGCUGAGACUUAUGAAAAAUAGGGAAGCUGCUAAAGAAUGUCGACGUCGGAAGAAAGAAUACAUAAAAUGUCUGGAGAGUCGUGUUGCAGUGCUAGAAGUUCAGAACAAGAAACUUAUAGAGGAGCUUGAAACCCUAAAAGACAUUUGCUCUUCCAAAACAGAUUAGUAAAAUAUUUAUUAUACUGUGAACUGACUAAAAUAUGUCCAGUUGCUUUAUAAGGCAAUACAUGGCCAACACAAAUUAUGGCUUUCUCUGUGUCAUUUAUAUUAUUUUUCAGCUCCUAACAUUCCUGAAGUGCUUUCCUGCUUUUUGUCAAUUCAUAGCUUUAAUUCUAGGUUUUUCAUGCUCUUCCCUUCCAUCUCCAAGGAACCAAAUGUUUAAAAAAAAAAAAGUAAUGAAGUAAAAACCUGCAUAAUUUCUAAGAGCUGUUUCUUUGCCAUAUAUUUACAUACUACUUUUUACAUGUUGCUGAGUGUCCUGCACAUAUGAAAUAUUUUGCAGUUGUUUUAGAUGAAUCGUGAUGAUAAUGCAUUAGUAAUACAAGAAAAAUCAACCAACCAAGGUAUCUCAGGAAAGAGUUUAUAAAAGAAUGUUAUGAUUACAUGUAUGUACUGGCAAACUAGUCUACAGAUGAUUUUAUGGCAUAUUUUUCUAUUAGUUGCUUUGUGGGAAAAAAAAAAGUAUUGUAUUGCUGUCACUGAGUGCCAUGGUUAAAGAUAGUUUUUAAUAGUACCAUGUUGUUUAACCUGUGUAGUGUCUGAUUUCCUCUGAACUGUCAAGAUGCUUUAAAACCCCUGAAUAUCUGGAAGAGGACAAAGGAAACUAAACUCCUGGCAUGAUGCUAAGUAUAAUGUAAAUAUCUGAAAGAAGCUGUUUGUUACAUGGCUGCCAUUUAUUUAAUUUUUCUGUUGUCUGUAGAAUAUUUGAGUUCUAGAGGUCUAUAUAUCAAAAUUAAAUUCUCCAUCCUGAAUACUUCAUAUUCUAGAUUCAGGACAGUUGUAGACAGUUGUCAGUGAAGGUCAGUGGUGUCGUUCUUUUCACACUCUGCAAAGCACUGGGAGGAAGUAAAAGUGACUUAAAGAAGGAAGCUUUCCAAUAAACAGUAACUGCCUGCUGAUUCACAGGGUUCCAGAAUAGCCCAUAGGCAAGAGCUGAAGAUUUUUAAAAUAAACCCAUGCUUAAAGCAGAUUACAGUGCUGGUAAAUGCAACAUGUGCCAACUUUCCAUUGUGCUUUGAAAGAAAAUAGUGCUUAUGCAAAACUGCUUCUGGGUAUUUUCUUUAAUUCAGGAAUGAUCUAAUUGUUUGUUGGCCAGUACAGUCUAUGAGCAGGGUAUUUGGGAGCUUUGUUGGAACUAGUAGCACCAUUGCCUUACUGAUGUGGUAGGAAGAAAGGCUUAGUUCCUACUUAAUUGGCUUUACUGGGAGGAGUGCAUGUGUGUCUAUGUGUGUAGCAGGGGAGGGACAGAAUCAUGCCGUUACUUAAGUCUCUGAGACUUCUUUGAAGUGAAUUCACAUUUAACCCAAUCUUUACUCUUAGGGCAGGGGGUGUGUAUGUAGAUUUUUCUUUUUUUUUUUUAAUCUUGUUUUCUGUUAGCUGUCCCAAAUUACUUGGAAUACACAGGAUAACUUCCUCAAAUCUAUUGAAAAUCAGUUACCUAAGUGAGCCCACGUGUAAGAAGAGAUAUUAUCUCUCACUACGUGCAGUCGCAUCACUUGAUUUAUAAUGGAAAUGAGCUUUUAAGCCCACAGGCUCUGCUGCAGGCCUGGAAUUAAAGUAAACUUUGAUAUACCUGGUUCACUGUGAAAAUAAAUCUGAAGUGCUGAAGUCAGCAGAAAUCAAAGGAUCUGUUAGAGCUGGACAACAUGAGUACAGUCUGCAGGGCCAUGUUGCAGCCUCUAGGUUGCAACAAAAGUGUCAAUCAAUUUGUUUGUUCUGGCUUUGUCACCAGAAUCUGUUUUCUGUUACAGGUAGGCAUUGCUCCUGACUCCCCAGAGAUUUGGAAAUUUAAAUGGAAAU